UUAACACAAUGAGCAGGCGGCAGUCCAAGCGCUCGUCGACCAGCACACAUGAGGGGCCUGUGGACACCAGCAAGGAGGACACAGUUGAGACGGCUGACUCAGAUCUUCCUCGAGAUGCGUCCAGCCGACGGCUCGUUCCGACAGAGAUAGCGGCCCGGGAGGACUUUGCCAGGCUGGAAGACAUCAUCAAGACCUACUCUGCCCACAGCCCGACGUACGUACGCCACGCAGCUACAUACAUCAUCCGUGUCGAGAACGAAGAGCUCUGAGACUCGUUGCGUGCAUCAAUCAGGCUGGGCAAGCGAGGAUGGCAGACACUGAAUCUGCAGAACCACUCGGCCGCGAGGAAGUCGCUUUACUUGAUUAUCGCCCAGCUGCCUCUCUUUGUCAACGUCUCCAACUAUGCCAUCAAAGAGUUCGCCCGCGUCCUGACUGUCUACCUUCUGAGCGACCACGCCUGGCUCUACCGUCAGGGCGAGCAUCACGACUCUGCCUACAUCGUCCUGGCGGGGCGAGUCACCAAGACCACAAAACGUCAGUGCAUGCCACGUGGCUCGAUAUAUAAGGCGAGGAAGAGCCCCAUGGAUGUGUGUGUCUUCUGUGUGCGACGUUGCUCAUUCGCAGUGCCGCAGCUCGGCGGCCAAACGCCAUCCCAUCACCAUGGGAGCAUCAUGCAUGGCAGUGGGACGCCAAGCCAUUCGCCGUCCCACAUCCACCCCCACCAGCAACAGUACAACUCACACGCCUUGUACCACACGGAGGAGGCCACAUUCGGAGCUAUCCUCGGUAGGUCUGCCUUCACGGACGACUGACAGGAUGCAUGGAGUCCCACUGCUCAUGACAUCAGGCAAGGAUGACGCGACGGCCCAGGAGUCUGCACGGGCACAUGGCGAGUGCGUGGUUGCCAAAUGCUCAUCCGAAAAGGUCAGCGAGAGAGACAGGGAUGUGGGUGUGGGAGGUGACGAGAUGCGCGUCACGGUGCCUUCGAUGCAGCUGCAACCAAGCGCAUUGCAGCAGCUGCAUCGCCGCGGAUAUCAGCGGGCCCUGCAGCAGCAGGAAAGGAGAGAGAUCGAGGCCCAGAGAAGAAGAGAGGCCCUUCAAAAGGCGACCGGCGUCAUGGUAAAUGCUUACCACCACUGAGAGCCGACGAUGAGAGACAUGCCUCUUUGUUUGUGUGUAGGGCAUCCACGCCGGACUGGCCGUGCAGGAAGGCAGCCCGAAAGCCCAACACGGUACCAGACACCAACACAUACCUCAUUGUGUGUCUCUCGUCACACCCCCUCCACAUGCAGGCCUCUCUCAAGACCGUCUUCUCAGAGUGUCCGCAGAAGACAUGGACGACACUCUCUCGGACCGCAGCAGUGAGGCCGACGCCAAGGACCGCCCCACGCAGCAUGACGUGGCGGACAGCACGUGGCGGAUGGAGGGCACCGGACGAUUCGCCAUCCGUCUCAACAACCCCCUGCUGGCCAAGAAGUACUGCACCUUCAGAGCCAGCAAUGAGGCGGGUGCGCGGCUGUGCAUCCACGAGGACAAUGUCAAUGAGAGGGUGCGGGUGCUUAACUCGGCCUGGGGCAAGCUCUCGCAGGACAUCGGCCUCAACUAUCGCGCCGGGGAGACAUCGGCCACUGGCGCCGCGGAGAGGGAGCCUCACCGCGUGUCCGGCCAUGACAGGAGGCCACACAGCCCGUUUGUAAGCGAAAGAGGUCAAUGCACAUUCGGGACUAGUCAAGGUGUGUGCAGGUACGGGUUCCUGGGCAUCGCCCACAACUGGAGCCGAUGGUAGAUUUUCUUGCUGCAUCGCCAUUGUUCUCGGUGGGAGGGAGGACACUAAAAAGGACUCGCCAUUACCUUUGAUGUGUCCCUCUCCUCAGGGUUUAAGGCGUCGCGUGCUGAUGGGUGACGGCCGGGAAUCUUGAAUCGCGUCUUCGACUUGCAUGUCUCCUCUCUGUAUGUGUGUCAUCUCCUCUCUAGACACAUCGGAAGCAUUUAAGGAUGAGGGCACAAACGCUGGCGUCAUACUGGCAAAGGUGGGCGGACAGACAGACAGACAAGGGAGCCACACACAUACGGACAGACAGAUACCGGGAGCUUUCUUCGGUCAGCAAGGGGAGAAGCCGAUAGUGCCCGCUGUCUUCGCUUUAAGGGAUGGAGUCAUUAAGGUACCAAGAUCGUCUGCAUGGCGGCGUCGCGUCGCGUCGCGUUGGCCGUUGCAUGCAACGGGAUGCAUUGCAAUGGGAUGCAGGUCCUUCGCACAUUGGAGAUAGCCAGCGCCACACGAUGGCCGUCCACCAAGAAGAUUGCACUCAAGUGACUCACACACGCGCUCGGUCGGUCGCUUGUUCCUUCGGUUGUGUUAUCCAUCCACUCUGUCUGCCAGGACAGCGCGAGAGCGCAGGAAGGUGACGAAGCUCACGACUGUGGAGGUGGGCAGAGAGAGAGGGAGACACGUGAGAAAAGAAGACCGACAAGCCGGACACUUCGUGUCUGUCAGGUGUGUGAGCUGAGGGCGAGAAAGUGGUGGGGGCAGGUGGAUCCUGGCCCGACAAGGUAAGGAUGCAUGAGCAAGGUAUCUGCGUGGAGUCACCAGAAUGUGUGCAGGGAGUAUCAGUUCACGUUGGUGACUAAGACCGAGUGCACCGUGUGCAGGUAGGUAGGGUGGUUGGUGGAUGAGUAUACUGAGCGAGACACAAAGACAGAAAGGCCACGCCUUCCCCUUCAGCUCUGACGUCUCUCCGCCUUGCAUUGCAGAGCGCAGCGUGCCAACCUACGCAUCAUGCUCGACGGUCUGUCUGUCUGACACAUGCAGCCAUGUCCCUCCCUCCCUCCCUCCCUCCCUCCCUCAUUGUCUCUCUCUGAUCGAUUCCUGUUUCUGUUUUCAGUCGACACGCUGGCCAACAUCCAGCGCUUCAUCGAUGACACAUUUCCAGACGAUGCACAGAUAAGAGCCAAGUCACGCGACACAGAGGAGUGGCGCACUUUCAGGACACACCAGAUUCAGAACAUCCGUGACACAUGCGAGGCGUCCACGCUCAAGGACUACUUUGCACGCCCCGUGGCCCUCAAGACAUUGCCCAGACAAGUGGCCUCGCUCAAAUCGCUGCAGAAAGAGGUACGUCAGUAUCUUCCCUCCGAGACCCCGAGACACUGCUGCCUUUUGUAGGCCUUCGAGCACCCAGAGCUAGAGAAAGAGCUUCAAGAGGUCACGACAGAGGAGCUCAGCCUCGUCCCGCAGCGGCCCAUUUUCCUCCCCUCCCUCCAGCCACCCAGACAACAAGUCCGCCACACGCAUCUCUCCUUCCUGGCAUCACAGCGCUCCAGGCCGGCCACCCGGAUGAGCGCACCAGCGGGGGAGAGGCAGUUGCAUCUCGCGGGGCUGUUUGCGUCGCAUUUCACAUCGACGAGGGGGCAGUUGACGGCCGCAACUUCGUUUGCCGGUGGCCGGGAGCACUAG